UAAAGGAGGAAGUCCCAGGGUAGGGCUGUACCUCCGUGUCCCCGCCCCCGAUUCUGGGUAUCCUCCCGUGGGAGCCAGGUCCUGAGCUGUGCUGAGGCUGGAGCAGGAGGGAUCAGGAACCAUGUCCCGGACAGUCAGACAGUGCAUCGUGGACGCCCUGGAUGAGCUGGGCAAGGAGGACUUCGCUCGCUUCAAGGCCGACCUGCGUGAGGUGUCCCUCAUGCCCACUUUCCGCAAGAUUCCCUGGGGGAAGCUGGAGGGCGCAGGGAAGCUGGAAGCCGCCAAGCUGAUGGUGGAUUUUUACCGGGAUGUCUACGCCGGCGAGCUGGCUGUGCAGGUCCUGAAGGGCAUGCACCAGCAGGAGGCAGCGGUGUCACUGGAAGGGCAGUUGUCGGCCGCCUCCCAGACCCCAGCCACCCAGACCCCAGCUUCCCAGCCCAUCCCGCCGGCCGUCCAAAACAAUCCAGGGAUCCACCCCGUGGACAAGUACUUCACCCACAUCGUCCAGGGCUUCAGCUCGGUGGACUGUGUCCUCGACAGCCUGAUGGCCAAGGGCGUGGUCACCUCAGAGAACUACGACAAGAUCCGGUCACUGACUCCCAGGCAGGAGAAGAUGCGCCAGCUCCUGAUCAUCAUAAGAGGUCAGGGGCCAAAAGCCAAAGAGCAGCUCUGGGAAGACAUGAAGGAGUGGGACAAGUACUUCACCGACAGCCUGAUGCAAGCGUGAGGAGCCCCCCCACUCGCAGGCAACGGAGAGCAAUCAAAAAUCCCUCCAACACCACACCCCCCUUCCCAGGAUUCGUCAAUCAGAAUCACCAGAGUCCCACACAGGCUCCCCAAAUAUCAGCAAGUCCUGUAUCCAGCCCCUCUGCUUUCACUAAUAAAACAAAUUUUGUACUGAA